AUGGCAAAGAGGAAGAGAAAUUAUACUGCACCAGGCUUGGCAUUCAAAGCAAAGAAGUACUCAAUGAUAACCAAGGCACAUUGGAUAAUCAAACAUGGCUUCCUAGGCCUGCUACGAUACAGGUUGCAAAUGUCUCAUGAGCGUCAUCACGUUGAGGACUGCCUCGAGUGGACCACCAAGGCAUUCGAACUCGUGGCAAAGACAAUCACAACCGACACUAGUAUGCUGAACUUGAUCGUCGACUCACUCGUACAAAAGAAGAUGGGACUGAUGGAGGCUGCCGCAAAGUUCAACAAUCUCGAGCUGUUACAACUUGAAGCAGUCAAGGCUUCAAAGACCCUGUGCAAGGACCCUUUGAUAUGGCCACAACUAUUGGAGAUUGCACUGACACAUGGUUCAGACAGGGUGGCCAAGCACAUCAUUGAUAAAUACACGCCCUACACAAAGGACAAGACAUUCCUCGAGAAGGCAAUAGCAUCAGUGAACGCCAACACCAUCAUGGCCGUCUAUGAUAGCAACUACGCCAUGCUACAGAAUGGCAUCACACCAUUCUACAAGUGUCUGUUGACAGGCAGUCUUCCACUGAUCAAGAAGAUCAUCGAGUCUGAUUGCAAGCACAUCCCAUUUAGAGAGGCAGCACUGACACAAUACGUCCAACAUCUUUUGUCAUCGGCCAAGCUGGAAACACUCACAUGGGAUCAUUGGGAUCUGAUCAUGUACGUCAACCAACACUUCAAGAUGCUCAAGAUCAACAACGACGCGAUGGAUAGAGAUUGGGCACGCGGCAAGGUACUCAAACUGCUGGCGCCCCCACCCAGCGACUCACCAUACCGCGAGGAGAUACUAGUGUUGUUGGCACUGGCACAGCUGGCGAUCGAUCACAAGAUGGACAUCAGUCUAAGGCUUGCUGGCGAGACUAUAGUGGCACAGCAGCGAGUGGAGUUCAUAGACUAUCUGCUCACCGAGGUUGCCUUUGCUCAACACGACCUGUGGCUGGCCAUCGUCAAGCUUUGCUCGCCGACCAUCAUCAUGCAAUAUUCGCGACUGGCAGACAAUGGACAGACGUACAGCACAGUAUCACGACAGGACAGUCUAGACACACUACAAUUCCUUCGCAACACACUCAACUCCAACUUUGAUAAUACAAUACUACGCGAUGAGAUCAAAGCUGGAAACACAGAGGCAGUUCGCUACCUCGUGGACCAAUGUGGACCCUACCCCUUGGGCGUAAUACUAGAGUAUGCAGUGACGUAUGAACAGAUCGAUAUCUUCCUCGAGUACUUUAAGAAGAGUCCAACCAUGGCUGUGCUGCGUCCAAACUUCAUCAAGAAUCAGCUAUUGUUUGCCAAGCACUUCCACCUCUUGGCCAAGGUGGCCAGCCCGUUGGACCUCGGACUACUGCCCUACGACAGCACAUUCCUUCAGUACAUUGCCAUUGCAAGGUGUAGCGCAUCGUUGGACACCCUGUUCAAGGUGAAUGAAACGGUGGACUUGAAGGAGGUGUUUGUAUUCUAUUCUGCCGAUAUGGAUUGGUACAGGAAGGUGGCAGCCACCAAGCGAAUGAAGGAUGAUCAUGGACCAUACAACAACUGGAAUUGGGUAUACGCUGCCAAGUGUGGAUCAAUACCAAUGGUACGAGCACUUGAAGAUAUCUAUGGAAGACAGGCAUUCAAAAGCAAUAUCAGCAAGUUAUUAGAGUGGGCGGAGAAGUACCAUCACACUCCAUUGAUCAAAUACUUAAAGGAGAACAGAUAA